AUGCAACCAUCAUGUAUCAUAGAAAUUCAACCAGCUACCCCAGUAACUAAAAAUCACUCAAAAAAUUUUCAUAAAACAGAUCCUAUUAUAGAUUAUUCACAAAAUUCUAUAAUCAAUAAUAAUCAAUCUAAUAAUAAUAAUAAUAAUGAUAAUUUAUCGAUUGAAUCAAUUCAUAAUUAUUUAGAAAUUAAACCAUCUAAUUCAUCAAUUAAUCAAUCAAUCAAAUCAUCAAAUAUAAGAAAAUAUAGUAAAAAUAUUCAUUCAAAUAUUAUAUUAACUAAAUCCAAUACACAUAUACCAUCAUGGAGAACACAUAAAUAUGUGAUUGCAUUUAGAGCAAUAAUUGUACGUAUUGGAUUUAUAUGUUUUACAUGUACAGCUAUUGUAAGUGUUGUAAAAGAGAAACAAGAUGGAAGAUUUUGGUUUUUAGCAUUAACUAUUAUACCAUUAUUAAUUGAUUUAAUUGUAGCAAUUAAUGCAUAUGUUUCUGGUAGAUCUGUAACACCAACAAUAUCUAAAUGGUUUUCCCUGUGUAAUUUCACUUAUCUCAUUUGUGCUUGUCCACCUAUAUGGAUUAUUGAAUUACAUCAUAUGGAUCAAGUGAAUAAUGCAUCUGCUCUAUUUGAGCUAAUGACAACCAAAAAUCAUACUCCAAUUAUUACAGUUCCAGCAUGGAUAAAUAAAGCACCAUCAGUAAUAUCACGUGAAAAUGAAAGUAUGAUGAUUAUGGGUACAGAAAUUGAAGAAUUCAUGAAUUCAGCUUAUUUGACAACAAAAGAGCCUCAGAGAACAAAAAGAAUGACUCGUAAUACAUUUAUUCAUGAGGUCCUAUCAAAUGAAACUAUUGGUUUACAAGUUUCAAUGGAUGUAUUACAAUCAUUACAAUUACAUAAUUUUUCAUUAAAAGAACGGAUACGUAUUUUGGAACAAUUAUUAUUACUAUCUGUAAUUGUUGGACGUUGGUUAAUGCCUAGAGAAGGAUUAACACGUGAUCAACUAUCUCAAUUAUUAUUAAUUAACAUUGGUACAGCAGCAGAUAUAUUGGAAUUAUUUGAAGCAUUUAAUGAACAAGAAGUUCGUAGAAAUGAUUUUCUACGCACUGUAAUUUUAUCAUUAUGGCAAGCUAGUUUAUUACAAUUUUGUUUCAAUAAAACAGCACUUAAAACACAAAAGAAUUACAAUAAUAGAAAUUUAUUAUUGUCUAAAUCAAAUGAAUUAUCUUCAUUUCAAAGUUCAAUGGAUGAAAAAUCAUUAAGUGAUGGUGAAAGUCGAUUUACUGCUAACAAUAGUAAUAAUAAUACCAAUAGUAAUGAUAGUGAUAACGUUGCAUCAAAUUUAAAAAAUAAAUCUCUAAGAAGGAAUACAUUAGCUUAUUUAAAACAAUGGUAUUUAACGCGUAAAAAUCAAAAACGAGAACCAGAAAAUCCAGAUCAUGACAAUUGCAUUAUUACCAAUGUUGAAUGUGGUUCCACAUUAAAAAUCCCCGAAUCAGACGUACAGCGACAACAACAACAACAGUCAGCUCAAUUACUUGUUCCACCUUUAACAUUAUCAUCAUCACCAUCAUCAUCAAAAAUUGAUGGUAUACCAAAAUCAGUAUCACAAAAUGAUUUUAUAGAUAAUUCUAACAAUGUCAAUUGUCCAUUAAUUGGUGGUUGUCUUUUAUUAUGUCGUGAACGACCAUGUUUAUGUUGUGAAACUGAAUUAUGGGCUAUUGGUAUAUCAUUAAUGUUACAAGAUUUACCAUUUCUUAUAUUAAGAAUAACUUUAAUAGUAUAUUAUAAUGUAAAAAGUUAUUCAAAUGUAUUUUUCACUUGUAAAAAUACUUUAUUAAUUUUAUUACAAGUAUUUCGUUCAAUUGUUAUAUUAUCUGAAGCUGGUAAAUUUAAUCCAUUUUAAUUAUUUCAAUGUUAUUUGUAUAAAUCAAUAUACAAUUAUAGUUUAUUGAAUAAUUUCAUUAAAUUUUUUUUUGUUUAAAUCAGUAAAAAAUAAACAAUUGAACAAGGUCAUGUGUAAUCAUUGAAUAAUUUGAAAAAUGAAUCAUUUUUUGACUUUUUUAAAAAAAAAAAAGAAAAAGAAAAACAUUAGAGAUAGAAUAUUGACACAAUUAAUGUCAUUGCUGAAAAAAACACGGAUGGAUUUUUUGUAACAUUAUUGUGUAAUUGAUUCAAUAUUUUAAAUAAAGAGUUGUGAUUUACGC